AUGAUCGUGGAAAUUUGCUCAAACAGCCAUAGGCAGCUAGAGCGGCAUCCUGAUGAUUAUAUCCAACUCCUGAACAAAUAUGUUGAGUUGGCCUCAUUUAACCCAAAUAAUAUUUUUAUUUGUCCUGACUCGGGCGCUAUUUCUUGCAUCAUUGAUCGGCAACACGCGAUAGUCGAGCCACGUCUCCUGGUUGCAGGCUAUCCACGAGCAUUCGAAAACCCGAACCCUGAAGAAGCCGCGAAUCUCAAGGAGCCAUCACUUCCUACUGACUACGACACCCUCUCGGGUGAGGCAAAGGUCGAAGCCGAUGAGCUCCAUCGACAACGCCUUCUCUCCCACUAUUAUCAUGCCUUCAAUGGUGACUUGAAUAAAGCGCAUCUUAGUGCUCUAAGGGAUCCCCCUCCUUCAUCCUCGGCAACACCUUGUCGGCAGGGCAGGGAGGCAAUCGAGUGGAGAAUUGAUGACCUUGAACGGAGCCUUAAUCCUGCUGACUUAGAGCAAUUCUUCGAGAAGCAGGAACCGUUGGUCCAUUUGAAUGCGGCCCUGAACAUGUGGAGAGACGAGCUUGGUGGUGCUAGCAAGGCUGGCUGGAUUAGCAAUGAAAACCAGGAAUCUGCGCGACAGAAAGCUGUGGAACUCAAAGAGUCACUGAUACCUAUUGCUGAGGUAGACAAGGUUGAUCUUGGUCUGUGGAAGGGGUGGCCACUCAGGGAUCAUGAGGAGAAUAAUUGA